AUGGACAGAAUCGUCUGCUCGGAGGCGCAUCUUUGCACAAAUUGCCUUGCAUUUAUCAAGGCUAUAUCCUCACGUUUUCGCUCUUUCACAACCACUGAAUUGUCUAGAUAUGAAGGUCCAGGACUCUGGCCGCCCUCAAUUACCUGUUGGCUCUGUAAGAUGCUUAACAGCGCCGACGCGGCAGAAUUUCGAAUGACAUCAUGGUGGCAGGAGAAGUUUAAAAACGACUCAAUUAUAAUCAGAUAUUUUUAUACGCAUAGAGAUGCCAUAGACGCUUACAGUGAUCUAGGCCAUUUAUCGGGAGUCAGCAUCUAUGCUGAUCGUGGACACUAUGGGCUCGUGAUCGGUUUUGCCAUUUGGUGCGACGAUGACACGUUGGAGAUCGUACAGGAUCCACCGCUACCUUCAGAUAAUUGCCCAGAAGCGUUUGCUCUUGUCACAAAAUGGCUUCGGGGGUGCUGUUUUCACCAUCAGCAAUGUUUAAAGACUAGAUCCGGCCUUGUCGUCGACGAAAUCCAUGGUCCAACACUCCCUACGAGAGUGUUGGAUAUCAGUAAAUGGGAUGAAGGGAUUGUAUCUCUCAUCGAGAGUAACGGUCUGAAAGGAAACUUCUGUGCCCUGAGCUACUGUUGGGGCAAAGGAGCCCAUGGCAUGGUCACGACCCGCGAGACGAUUGCGGACCACUGUGCCGGGAUAAAAAUCGACCUUCUCCCGCAGACUUUCAAAGAUGCGAUUCAGCUAACGUCUGAAAUCGGCAUCAACUAUCUUUGGAUCGAUAGCCUCUGUAUUGUUCAGGAUGAUGAUGAAGACUGGGGAAAGGAAGCAGGUGACAUGGCAAAUGUUUACCAACACGCAUUCCUGGUCAUUGCAGCAGAUGGGGCUUCUCAUUCUAACGGAGGCUGUUUUGUGCAGCGAGAUGUUUAUCCAAGCGCCGUUAAGCUACCGUUUUAUAAUGCCUCGGGCCAGAUAUGCAGCUCCUUCUGGCUUUCAAUGGAAAUGAAACAAGGUUUAGACAAAAUCCCCGCAUACGGGUCUUUACAACAGCGGGGCUGGGCUCUUCAGGAAACAUACCUUGCUCGUAGAUCAAUUCAUUUUAUGCCUGGAGGAAUGAGUUGGGAAUGUCAGUGUAUGAGUUCGGAUGGGAGAAGGUGGACGAGCCAGGAUACAGAUCGCGAAGAUUGGAACGUCAUCCUGGAAAACUACUCACGCUGCAAGCUUACUUAUCAGAAGGACCGCCUUCCUGCCAUCCAAGGGCUGGCGAGCGUUAUGGAGAAAAGGAAAGGGGUUGCAUAUCACAUGGGGAUUCUUGAUGUCGAUAUCGAAAAACAGCUUCUAUGGGUACUGAAAGAGGUUGCGUUGCCACCAGACACCUUAGAUGGUGUUCCUUCCUGGUCCUGGGCAUCCCAAGGAGGACCGAAGUCAUUUGUCACAAACAUAUUCUUCGGAGGCGAACUCUCAAGCGAAACAGCAAUGAACUUAGUGGUGGAGGCAAAUGGGGGUAUUCGGUUUACUGGCAAUUUGGGGAAGUGUGAUAUUCGCGAACAUCACCUUACAUUCGUCGAUAUGGAUGAAGAAAUAAUGGAUGAUGAGGAUAGAGAAAUAUUUGAGGAAGAGGAUGGAGAAGUAUUUGAGGAUGACCAUAAGCCAUACAAGUCUCUGCUCGAUUGGCUCCUCUAUCAUCUUCUUUCAAGAUACGACUUGCAAACUAUGCAUGGUCAAAAUCCAACCUCGCAGCCUAUUGGCUUUGCCGCUCCGGAUGAGCUAUACUCUGGGAGUUGUUCUAUUGCCUUUCUUUGUGAAACGGAGUGGGGUGCCAUCAAUGCUCUGGCAAAUAGAUACAUUAUUCAGCUGCAUUGGGUAUUGCUUUUGACUCCUACUUCCGAGCAUGAGAAUGCGUUUCGGCGGGUCGGGGUCGGUGCUGUUUGGCGUGAUCCGGAGCAUGACGCCACGGGAACACAGAAGGUUACGAUUGACCUAGUGUAG